UCUCUCUCUGUACAGGGCAGCUUCGUGGCCAGCAUGACCGCUACUCUGAGACAGAUGGACGACUACCACUACACUCACCUGAUCAACACCUUCGGCAAGAUGAGGACCGACGUUGUGGAUUUCCUGAUGGAAACAUUCAUCAUGUUCAAGGACCUCAUUGGGAAGAAUGUCUACCCUGGCGACUGGGUCAUCAUGAACAUGAUGCAGAAUAAGAACGGCAGUCUGAAUCAGGAGUGUGGAAUGGAACUAUUUUUAUGUCUGUCAUGAAACCACACGGGUCUCGAGAGUCCACACGGACCUCAGGGUCCACAUGGGCCUCGGGAGUCCACACGGUCCUCGGGAGUCCACACGGGCCUCUAGAGUCCACAUGGUCCUCAGGGUCCACACGGGCCUCGGGAGUCCACACGGGCUUCGAGAGUCCACACGGGCCUCGGGAGUCCACACGGUCCUCGGGAGUCCACACGGGCCUCAGGGUCCACACGGGCCUCGGGGUCCACACGGGCCUCGAGAGUCCACACGGUCCUCGGGAGUCCACACGGUCCUCGGGGUCCACACGGUCCUCGGGAGUCCACACGGUCCUCGGGAGUCCACACGGUCCUCGGGAGUCCACACGGUCCUCAGGGUCCACACGGGCCUCGGGAGUCCACACGGUCCUCGGGAGUCCACACGGUCCUCAGGGUCCACACGGGCCUCAGGGUCCACACGGGCCUCGAGAGUCCACACUGCAAACAGAUGAGGGAGAGGCGGAUGAGGCAAACAAUAGCAUGAAUGAGAGUCUGGGUUUGUUUGGGGUUUUUAACAGAAGGCUAAUCUCCAAAGUGACUGUUCUCCUCUGAUCGUCCUCAUCUUCUUUCCUUUGUUGCUGCUUGUAACUAUUGUAUUUUAUUUAGGUGGUUCACUCCCCUUCACCAACUCUCGCCCACGUUUGUCUGGUAAAGAGAAAAUAAAUACAGAAUUGAAGUGUAGUUUUGAAGUGAAGUACUGAGUCACAGUGAAGGUUUUGUUUGAGACGAGAGUCUGUUUUGAUGUAGUUGUCAGAUCGAAGAGAAAGAACUAAGAAACAGUUUGAGGACUUUUACAGUUUCAUUAGCAAAUGUUUUACACAAAAUGCUCACGUAUAUCCAAUUUAUAUCCAAUUUACGUCAUUGAAAAUAAGAAUUUGUUCUUAACUGACUUGCCUAGUAAAAUAAAGGUAAAAUAAACAUUUAAAAACACUAAACAGUUCUCAUAUGUACUUCCAUUAGUCUUCUUCAUGUGU